AUGCCAGUUUCGUCGGUGGGCCAGGUUAUCUCAUGGUACAUUUGCACCAUCAUACCAUGCUUCUUCCUGUUCCUGCGUCUGUUCAGUAAAUGGCAGCGUUUCGGUCGACUCACCCUGGAUGAUUACUUCCUCAUCCUCGCGGCAUCAUGCCUCAUUGGUGAUUGUGCUAUUCAGCAGCAUAUCCAAGAAGAAUUCAUCGGUAUCAUGCAGAUGAUUGUUCCUGGUUCAGUCCUCUACGUCUCGUCCCUCUGGUCCAUCAAAGUCGCCCUCGUCCUCUUCUACAAGAAACUCGCCGCACCGGGCUCGAAGAUGCAGAUUGCAUACAACUUUGCCCUGGCUGGGUUGGCCGUCACUUUCACCACCAUUUUCUUCGACAUCUUGUUCCAAUGCUACCCAUAUGAUAAGAGAUGGUCUCACGACCCCAAAUAUCAAUGCAGUGCGAAAGCCUCGAGAAUCAACUACUGGAUCACUAUUCUUUUCAACAUAUUCUCCGAUGUCACAAUCAUUUGUCUUCCCAUUACUAUGGUCAUGAAGCUUCAGAUGAAGCUCAAGCAAAGACUGGCCGUUGCUUUCAUCUUCGCCUUGGGUGGAUUCGUCUUGAUCGCUAGCAUUGUCCGAGCCAUCUAUUCCUGGCAAAAUGAGACAAUGUUGACUUGCACCGUGUCUAUGGUCGAGAACGGCGUUGCGAUCAUCGGUGCCUGUCUCCCAGCGCUCCGUGCCUUCUUCCUUGGUCAACCCUCCACAAAAGGCAACAGCAGCUACGCAAAGCAAUACGAACUCUCCUCGAACCAACGAAGAAACAACCAAAGCCGCAACACCACAAACUUCUCAUCUUCCGCAAGUAGAGCAGGCAGAAGCCACUCGGUCGACUCGGACGAAGAGCUUGUGAGAAACAUGCAAGCCCAUGGUCAAGCACAGCCAUACGUUUCCGCCCAGUCGAGCCUGUCGGAUGACAAGAGUCAUGGCAUAAUGGUCGCUACAACGGUUGAUGUUGACCACAAGGAUCAGGACAGCGUGAGCUCAAUCCAUAAUCCCUUCGAAGCUAGUCGCGUCUAG